AUGCAUAACAUAAGUCCUGACAUCAUUGUGAACCAAAUGAUUAAUGGACUACAACCAGCACAGCCCCGCUUCUAUCCAGAAUUCAGUACCAUCGAAUAUACCACAAAUAAUUGUCUUAUUAAUAUUAAUUCAAAUGCCAAGAAGGGCAUAAUGUCAAAAGGUGUUCCAGUCAGCAUGGAAAAAAUCAGUGGACAAGGAAUGUGCAGCGAUAGCUCUAUAGUCUACCUGGUCACUCAGGGGCUCAUCAAUCUGAAAAAAUAUCACAAUACCGGACAAUCAGAUGUCUCGGUGUCAAAAAGCGCAAGUGUAGUAAUUGCUGAUUAUCCUAUUCCGAUGAGAAACGUCAUUCAUGAUGGCUACUUUUUCCCAGCGCAAAUCCAUAAACCGAAGAACCAAGCGCUCGGCUGGUUCCAAGGCGAUCUUCAUGUCUUUGAACUAGAUCAAGAGCUUAAACACUGGAACAUAUUGACGAGCAUAUAUCCACAGGAUAACAAUGGGAUUUUGAUAAUCAAUUUUUUGUUCGAGUUUAUGGAAGAGUUUGUAUUGCUUAAAGAUCAGUUGGAAAGUUUCAAAAAUCCAAAUCGAAAUUCUUAUACGUCAUCCUCUUCCAGUUACAGGAGGAGACGGAAGAUAACUAGAGAUCAAUUUCGUAGUAUUUAUUCCUCCUUUUCUUUCCCACCAUUCGCCUCGAAAGAUCAGACUAAUUUCUUGGACUUGACAAAAUUUUACGAUAUGAAGAAUAUAAAUCCAUAUGCUGAUAAUCCAAGUACGAGAUCUACUAAGUUUUUUAAGCCAGAUAUGGAUAAGAUAUUCUUGGGUUAG